CUUGUUGUCACUUGGAUGUCUACCUUCUCUCCUCUAGCCAAAAUCCAGACAGACCCUCCAUCCCUCCCCAUAUGUGAUUUGUACCCUAAUGGUGUGUUUCCUGUGGGUGAGGAGAAUGAGUACCCUCCAUCGCAGGAUGGGUGAGACAGCUGUCCUCUUCUCAAUGUGAAUACAUUCUUGAAGUCCCUCAGGUCACCUUGUACUUUCUAUUGGCCACUCUACCUCGUAUUACCCUGCGCUGUGUGUAAUAUUAUAUCGCCGAGACAAUUGACAUAGAGGUCACUCGUGUUCCCUCGCGUCUAAAGUACUCUCUCCAAAAAUAGUUAUGAACACCGUGUAUUCGAGGGCCAGCUAAUAAAUUUAGUUGUAUAGCCUAUAAAUGUAUUUUAUAGCCUGUCUACUAUUUUAAACUAUCCAUCCAUCCACUAUCCGAACUACCUCGGGUCACGGGGAGCCUGCGCCUAUCUCAGGAGUCAUCGGGCAUCAAGGCAGGAUACACCCUGGAUGGAGUGCCAACCCAUCGCAGGGCACACACACUCAUUCAUUCACUCAUUCACUCACGCACUCACACCCUACGGACAAUUUUUCCAGAGAUGCCAAUCAACCUACCAUGCAUGUCUUUGGACCAGGGGAGGAAACCGGAGUACCUGGAGGAAACCCCCGAGGCACGGGGAGAACAUGCAAACUCCACACACACAAGUCGGAAUCAGGAAUCGAACCCCCAACUCUGGAGGCGUAGUGCAGCUUGGAGAUUGACCAACGAAGAGAAGCGCAUAUUGGAUAAAGCAAAUGAGGAGCUGUGGAAUGAUUUCCGGCAGGCAGCCGAGGCACAUCGGCAGGUGCGCAAAUAUGUGAAAAGCUGGAUCAAACCUGGAAUGACCAUGAUUGACAUCUGUGAGCGUUUGGAGGACUGCAGUCGAAAGUUGAUCAAGGAGAACGGUUUGAACGCAGGCCUGGCAUUUCCUACCGGCUGCUCGCUGAAUAACUGUGCUGCUCACUACACGCCCAACACUGGAGACCCCACUGUCCUUCAGUAUGACGACAUAUGCAAGAUCGAUUUCGGUACACACAUUAACGGCAGGAUUAUUGACUGUGCCUUUACCGUCACCUUCAACCCAAAGUUCGAUGGCUUGAUUGAGGCUGUGAGAGAUGCUACUAACACAGGCAUCAAGUGUGCAGGUAUAGACGUCCGUCUUUGUGAUAUCGGUGAAUCGAUACAGGAAGUGAUGGAGUCGUACGAGGUUGAAAUUGAUGGAAAGACUUUCCAAGUUAAACCUGUUCGGAAUCUGAACGGACACUCUAUUGGUCAGUAUCGGAUACAUGGUGGUAAAACAGUGCCCAUAGUGAAGGGUGGAGAAGCCACCAGGAUGGAGGAGGGGGAGGUGUACGCCAUUGAAACAUUCGGCAGCACUGGUAAGGGAGCGGUGCAUGAUGACAUGGAUUGCUCACAUUACAUGAAGAACUUUGACGUUGGACAUGUGCCAAUCAGGCUGCCCAGGGCAAAGCAUCUUCUCAACGUGGUGAACGAGAACUUCGGCACACUGGCUUUCUGUCGCCGUUGGCUCGACCGUUUGGGAGAAAGCAAGUACCUAAUGGCCCUGAAGAACCUGUGUGACCUGGGCAUCAUCGACCCCUACCCCCCACUAUGUGACGCCAAGGGAUCGUACACAGCGCAGUUCGAACACACCAUCCUCCUUAGACCCACGUGCAAGGAGGUUGUGAGCCGUGGAGAUGACUUCUGAAACGCACAUAUGCAUUUACAGUCAAAUUCCAAUUUUGCGCAAAAUAUAUUUAUUUAAAAGUACAAAACAGUAUUUAGUACUUGAACUGAACCGUUGUUAAAAGAAAAGUUUACCCAAAAAUUAAGUUCCCAUUUGUGCAUCUGCGGGACUUACUUUUGUGAAACAAGUUUAGCAGAAUGCUCAUGUUACUCUUUGCUAUAUUAUUAAGGUGAAAUUUUGUGAAAACGGUUACCUUAAACGUAGUUGUCCAUCUUUAAAAGUCUUGCGAUA